UAUAAUCCAUGGCCUCUUGCUAACAUGUAAAGUUGGGCUGGAGGGAAAUAAAGUAAAGUGCUACAAUCCCAUGACCCCAUAUCCAUCUAUCAGCAUCCUUUUUUUCCCAAAGAAAAAUUCCUUCCAGAUCUCCUCCAAAGUUCCCCAUUAGGACUCCCGAAUCCCUAUUCCCACUCAUUCACAAGCUUCAAGAUCUCCCAACUCCCAGUCAUCGGAGUAGAGCCUGCCUACAGCCCCACCCAUGCACCGGCACGGCGCUAGCCACCACAACUUCACCCGAGUUGCUGCCUGCUUCCACGACUCGUCGCCGGCGCCGACAAGGUUCUGAAUCUGCUGCUGCUGCUGCUACCGCCGUUACAAUGCUUGAGCUGGCGUCGACGUGCCUGUGAGGACCACAUCUCCCUCGCCGCUGCUGCGUUGCUUGUCCUGGGUGCUGAUCAGGGGCAAGCUCGUGAAGUGCACCUGUGUUGGAGGAGUUUCUUCCAAGAGUUCCAAUGGCGGAGCUAGUGGUCACCAUGGCACUCCGGCCACUGGUUGCCAUGCUCAGGGACAAGGCGUCCAGCUAUCUCCUCGACCAGUACAAUGUGAUGGAGGGAAUGGAGGAGCAGCACAGGACUCUGAAACGCAGACUUCCUAUCAUCCUGGACGUCAUCACCGAUGCCGAGGAGCAGGCGACGGCCAACAGAGAAGGGGCGAAAGCCUGGCUCCAGGAGCUCAAGAGAGUAGCCUAUGAGGCAAAUGAAGUCUUCGAUGAAUUCAAAUACGAAGCACUUCGCCGUGAAGCCAGGAAGAAUGGACACUACAAAAAGCUUGGAUUUGAUGUGAUAAAACUCUUCCCUACUCACAACCGUGUUGUGUUCCGUCACAGAAUGGGUAGCAAGCUUUGCAGGAUUCUGGAGGAUAUCAAUGUCCUCAUUGCAGAGAUGCAUGACUUUGGGUUGAGGCAGACAUUCUUGGUGUCCAAUCAGUUAGGGCAGACUCCGGUGUCCAAGGAGUGGAGGCAGACAGAUUAUGUCAUCAUCGACCCACAAGAAAUUGCCAGAAGAUCCAGACACGAAGAUAAGAAUAAUAUCAUCGACAUACUACUUGGUCAAGCUAGCAAUGGAGAUCUCGCAGUAGUUCCCAUUGUUGGAAUGGGGGGCCUUGGAAAGACCACAUUAGCGCAACUCAUAUACAAUGAACCUGAAAUUCAGAAGCAUUUUCCAUUGCAGCUCUGGGUCUGCAUCUCUGAUACCUUUGAUGUGAAUUCAGUGGCUAAGAGUAUAGUUGAAGCAUCCCCCAAGAAAAAUGAUGAUACAGACAAACCAGCACUGGAUAGACUUCAAAAACUGGUCAGCGGGCAGAGGUAUCUCCUUGUAUUGGAUGAUGUCUGGAACAGAGAGGUCCACAAGUGGGAAAGGCUGAAGGUCUGUCUUCAGCAUGGUGGCAUGGGUAGUGCAGUGUUGACAACAACCCGUGAUAAACAAGUUGCUGAAAUUAUGGGCGCAGAUAGAACCUACAAUCUUAAUGUUUUGAAGGAUAACUUCAUAAAGGAAAUUAUUGUGGCUAAAGCAUUCAGUUCAGAGAAUGAAAAGCCUCCCGAGCUACUCGAGAUGGUUGGUGAGAUUGCAAAGAGAUGCCGUGGCUCUCCUCUAGCUGCAACUGCACUGGGAUCUGUACUUCGUACCAAGACCAGCGUGGAAGAAUGGAAGGCUUUAUUAUCUAGAAGCAGUAUUUGCACUGAGGAAACUGGAAUUUUGCCAAUACUCAAGCUUAGCUACAACGAUUUGCCCGCACACAUGAAGCAGUGCUUUGCUUUCUGUGCCAUAUUUCCCAAGGAUUACAAGAUUAAUGUGGAGAAGCUUAUCCAACUAUGGAUCGCAAAUGCCUUUAUACCAGAACAGGAGGAAGAUAGUCUUGAAACCGUUGGAAAACAUAUUUUCAGUGAGCUAGCAUCGAGGUCAUUCUUUCUGGACAUAGAGGAAUUUAAGGGUGACAUGGAAAAUCAGCAGUAUUGUUUCAGAACUACAUGCAAAAUUCAUGAUCUUAUGCAUGAUAUUGCAAUGUCUGUUAUGGGAAAGGAAUGUGUCGUUGCAAUUAAGGAGCCCCAAAUUGAGUGGCUUUCGGAUACUGCUCGGCAUUUGUUCUUGUCAUGUGAUGAAACAGAAGGUAUUUUGAAUGAUUCUUUGGAGAAAAAGUCCCCUGCCAUUCAAACACUGAUAUGCGAUAGUCCUAUUCAAAGCUCAUUGAAGCAUCUAUCAAAAUAUAGCUCUUUGCAUGCCUUGAAGCUCUGUCUGAGAACUGAAUCAUUUCUACUCAAACCAAAGUAUCUGCAUCACCUGAGGUACCUUGAUCUCUCAGAAAGUUAUAUCGAAGCACUUCCUGAGGAUAUAAGUAUUCUAUAUAACCUGCAAGUGUUGGACGUUUCCAACUGCCGUUCUCUUGAACGACUUCCAAGGCAAAUGAAGUAUAUGACUUCCCUCUGCCACCUCUACACUCAUGGAUGUUCGAAGUUGAAGAGCAUGCCUCCAGGACUUGAAAAUCUCACUAAGCUGCAGACACUCACAGUUUUUGUAGCAGGAGUUCCUGGCCCUGAUUGCGCUGAUGUUGGAGAGCUGCAUGGUCUAAACAUUGGUGGUCAGCUAGAACUAUGCCAGGUAGAGAAUGUUGAAAAAGCAGAUGCAAAAGUGGCAAACCUUGGUGGUCAGCUAGAGCUACGCCGAGUAGAGAAUGUUAAAAAAGCAGAGGCAAAAGUGGCGAAUCUUGGAAACAAGAAGGAUCUCCAUAAACUGACAUUAAGAUGGACUGAGGUUGGCGACAGCAAGGUGCUCGACAAGUUCGAACCUCAUGGUGGGCUGCAGGUUCUAAAGAUAUAUUCCUAUGGAGGAGAGUGCAUGGGUAUGCUGCAAAACAUGGUUGAGAUCCAUCUUUUUGAUUGUGAAAGAUUGCAAAUUUUGUUUAGAUGCAGUGCAAUCUUCACUUUUCCAAAACUGAAGGUGCUUAUACUAGAACAUUUGUUGGGUUUUGAGAGAUGGUGGCAAAUAGAUGAGAGGCAAGAAGAACAGACUAUAUUUCCUGUGCUUGAGAAGUUGUUAAUUAGGAAUUGUGGAAAGUUGGUAGCAUUACCCGAAGCACGAUUGCUGCAAGGACCUUGUGGUGAAGGUGGUUAUACAUUGGUAUGCUCAGCGUUUCCUGCCCUAAAGGUACUGAAAAUGAAAGAGUUGGAGAGCUUUCGGAGAUGGGAUGCAGUCGAAGAAACUCAAGGAGAACAGAUAUUGUUUCCUCGGCUUGAGAAACUAUCGGUUAAGGAUUGUCCACAACUGAUAGAUUUACCUGAAGCACCAUUGCUUCAAGAACCAUGUAGUGAAGGUGGUUAUAGCUUGGUACGUUCAGCCUUUCCUGCCUUAAAGGUGCUCAAAAUGAAAUGCUUGGGGAGCUUUCAGAGAUGGGAUGCAGUUGAAGGGACAUUGUUUCCUGAGCUUGAGAAACUGUCAGUCCAGAAAUGCCCAAAACUGGUAGCAUUGCCCAAAGCACCAAAACUCAGUUUAUUCGAAAUUGAAGAUGGGAAGCAAGAGAUCUUCCACUGUGUAGACAGGUAUUUGUCUUCAUUGACCAAGCUGACACUGAAGCUAGAACACACAGAAACAACAUCAGAGUCUGAAUGCACUUCAAUUGUACUGGUCGACAGCAAAGAGAAAUGGAACCAGAAAUCCCCACUUACAGUUAUGGAGUUAGGACGCUGCAACUCAUUCUUUGGAGCGGGUGCACUAGAGCCGUGGGACUAUUUUGUACAUCUUGGAGAGCUGGUAAUUAACAGAUGCGAUGUGCUCGUCCACUGGCCAGAGAAAGUGUUCCAAAGCUUGGUAUCCUUGAAGAGGUUACAGAUUAGUGACUGCAAAAAUCUGACUGGAUAUGCAGAAGCUCUUCUUGAGCCGUCAGCAUCCAGAAGGAGUCGACACCUGCCAGGUCUGGAGUCCUUUAAUUUAUAUGGUUGUGUAAAUUUAGUAGAGAUGUUCAACGUCCCGACAUCUCUCAAGAAAAUGGAUAUUGAUCAGUGCAUUAAGCUUGAGUCCAUAUUCAGCAAGCAGCAUGGCAUGGCAGAGUUAGUCCAAGGAUCUUCUAGCAGUGAGGCAGUCAUGCCUGCAGCUGUAUCAGAGUUGUCAUCUUCACCCAUGAAUCACUUUUGUCCAUGCCUAGAAUAUCUGACUUUAGUUGGAUGUGGAAGCUUACAAGCGGUUCUGAACCUUCCUCCGUCUUUAAAGUACAUUCGUAUUGCUAGCUGUAGUAGUAUUCAAGUCCUAUCAUGCCAGCUGGGUGGGCUCCAGAAACCAGAAGUCACUACCUCCAUAAGCAGAAGUCCUAUCAUGCCACAGCCACCAGCAGCAGCAACACCAACUGCAAGAGAGCAUUUACUUCCUCCCCAUCUCGAAUCUCUAGUAAUAGUGGACUGUGCUGGCAUGUUGGGUGGGACUCUCCGUCUACCUGCACCCCUCAAGGGACCGCAGAUUAUGGGAAACAGUGGGCUGACAUCGCUGGAGUGUCUGUCGGGAGAGCACCCCCCAUCGCUGGAUGUCCUUCUUCUUGAAAGAUGCAGUACCCUGGCAUCCCUGCCGAAUGAGCCGCAAGUAUACAGGUCUCUCGUGUAUCUUCAAAUUAGAGGCUGCCCUGCUAUAAAGAAGCUCCCUAGAUGCCUGCAGCAGCAACUGGGCAGCAUCAGCCGCAAACGACUAGAUGCCUGCUAUGAAGUAACAGCAUUUAAACCGAAGACAUGGAGUGAAAUACCAAGGCUGGUUCGAGAGCGGAGGCAGGCCACUCGAGAAGCCAAGAAACUCCGGCAGUCCAUGCAGGAGUAAACAAGGCAGAAAGGGCAUGGAUUUUGAUUGCUCUGAACAAUGUACAAGAUUAUGUCGUGACUGUGAUCAAAGCCUCUACCUAGUUGAGAUAUUUGUUAUGUGAAUCAAACGAAUUUCCCCGGUUCAGUAGAAAUUAGGAUAAUAUACUCACAUGUGUGUCUGUGAGCUAUCUAUGUAUCUAUCUGUUUUUGCUUUGCUCAGUUAACUGACAAGACACUGGCCUUUAAUGUGUUCAAUAAACUUUUUCAACUGUGGCUUUA